CAGGAUGCGAGGGCGCGGCGCCUGUUCUUCCUUCAACUUCCUGCUGGCGGCGCUGUGCGUGCUGCUGCUGCUGUGCUGCGCCGCGCUGACGGCGCUGAUGUGGGCGGGAGCGCCGCUACCGGACGCGGAGGGGGCGGGGCUGCGCGGCGAGAUGGCCAUCACGCGCGGGGCCGAGUUCAGCCAGGAUCUGCGCAACGGCAGCAGCGCGGCCUUCAAGGCGCUGGCCUUUGACGUCCAGCGGCUGGUGCGCGAGGCCUUCGGGCGUGGCGGGCUCAGCCGGCGCUUCGUCGCGUGCGACGUCGUCGCAUUCACUCGGGGCAGCGUGCUGGUGACCUUUGACCUGUGGUUCACGGGGAGUGUGGAGAGGCGGGAGGCGGAGCGGCAGAUGAAGGCGGGCCUGGAGGAGAGCGCAGGAUUGGUGGUGGACAAAGACAGCAUCCGCAUCACGGAGAAGGAGCAGCAGGAGGAGGCCACCACCGCCGCCUGCACGCCCAGCGCUACGCCCGUCACAGUCACGUGCCCUCCUUACCACGCUUCCUGCGACCGCUCGUCCACGUGCGUCCACGCCGAGCGCCUGUGUGACGGCGUCAACGACUGCGCCGACGCUUCUGACGAAGACGCCGCUCGCUGCGCAACAACCUGCGACGGACAGUUCGAGCUCCGCGGCCCAUCGGGAUGGUUCGCCUCAUCCGCAAAAGGCGGCUUCUGUCGCUGGAUCGUCAGGGUCCGGAGCGGCUCUUCUGUUCAAGUCAACUUCCACCAGUUUGAAAGUCGAGAGAAUGUCGACAUUGUGAGACUUUACGAAGGAGUUGGUGCCGACAAGAGGAUGGCAGCCGAACUCUCGGGCUCCACCCCUCCCGGGACUGUGUGGCUUCUGACCGACCGAUCCACGAUUGAGUUUUCCUCAGACAAUUUUGAAGAUGCGUCGAGAUUCAACGCCACCUUCAGUGCCAGCGACCUCUCGGCACUGACAGAUUCAGAGAAGCUUUCGUGCACAUUUGAGCGCGGCCUUUGCUUCUGGAGGCAGGACCCUGAAGACGACGGUGACUGGCUCCGAAGCCGAGGCGCCACGUUCCCACCCUUCACUGGCCCCAGCGCAGACCACACACUCGGAAACCUAUCGGGUUUCUACUUGGUCACCCCUCUGAGUCCUGGCCAAUGGCUAAAGAGCUUCAGGAUCUACAGCCUGCCUCUGACUCCGCUCACACAGCCAAUGUGUCUUCGCUUUUGGUAUCACAUGUUUGGAGAAGACGUCUACCGUCUUCAAGUGUUGCUGCUCGGUGCGUCUCCGGGCGAUGUCGGCACAGUGGUGUUCCACAGGGACGGUAACUACGGCGACAACUGGAAUUACGGACAAGUGCCCCUCAGCUCUGCCACCGUUUCGCGGGUUGCGUUCGAAGCUCUGAAGCGAGGCGGGAUGAGGAAUGACAUCGCGUUGGACGACAUCACGUUGACGUCCGAGCCCUGCGGCCCGGCCCCGCCCGAACCCACCUUGGUGCCCACUCCGACCGCGGCACCCACCGUGGCGGCUGACUGCGGCGGUCCUUUGGACGUGUGGGAGCCAAACUCCACCUUCAGCUCGCCAAAUUACCCGCACUCCUACGGGAACGGAGCUCGCUGUGUGUGGACGCUCCGCGCUACGCCGGGUCGAAACAUCCAAGUCCACUUCCUGGACUUGGAUGUGGAAGAAAACUACGACAUUGUGGAGGUGCGCGACGGGGCGGGGCCCAACUCCACUUCACUGGCCAUUCUGACCGGCAGCGGUGGCCCCGCCCAUGACUUGUUUUCAACCAGCAAUCGGGCGACAGUCUGGUUCUUCACGGACGGCUCGGGUAGCGGACGGGGCUUCAAAGCCAACUUCACCUCCGGGGUCGGCUUGGGGUCUCCAGAGCCGUGCCCCGCGGACCGCUUCCGCUGCGGAACGGGCGCUUGCGUCCCUGCGAACCGUCGGUGCGAUGCGAGGGUUGACUGCGGCGACGCUUCGGAUGAAGCCAACUGCGUUGUGUUGCAGGCCAACGCUUCCGACCGUCUGCGCUUUCGGAUCGCCUCCUCUUGGUUUAGCGUGUGUGCCGACACCUGGACCCCGCGCCUGUCUCGCUUCACCUGCCAGUACUUGGGACACAGGUCCGGGGUGGCGACUCCGCUGCCCGCCGUGCCGGGAGAUUCGCCUUUCGCCAGUGUCAAAGUCACCAGUAAUGGAAGUCUGGAAACCAGCGUCAGUGAUGGUUGUCCCGGCCACCGCGUGGUCUCCCUGCGCUGUAACAACCGGCCGUGCGGCCUUCGAUUCGUCGCCAAUGACACCGUUGAGCGAUCGGCGGCCAGAGACGGGAAGGUCAAAGUGGUGGGCGGGUCGGACGCCGCCAAAGGGGCGUGGCCCUGGACGGCGUCGCUGCAUUGGAACGGUCGCCACGUGUGCGGCGCCGCGCUGCUCGGCCGCCGUUGGCUGCUGACCGCCGCCCACUGCGUCUACGGGAAGGACCGCCCCCUGAGCCGCUGGUCGGCCAAGUUGGGUCUGAGGGCUCAGAGCCACGCCGGUGACGCGCGCUCGUUCCAAAUCGACGCCGUGCUGAUCAACCCGCACUACAACCGACUCACCAAACAGGCCGACGUGGCCAUGAUGCGCCUCAGCGCCCCCGCCAACUUCACCGAUUUGAUCCAGCCGGUGUGUCUACCUGAACAUGGUGAAGAGUUCACAGCUGGAAGGAAAUGUUGGAUUGCCGGAUGGGGACGACAGGCUGAGGACGGUUCUCUUCCGGACAUUCUGCAGGAGGCCAAGGUCCCCCUGGUGGACCGGGUCUCGUGCCAGCGCGCCUUGGCGGAGUACAGCAUCACGUCCGGCAUGCUGUGCGCAGGGUUUCCGGAGGGCGGAGUCGACUCCUGUCAGGGCGACUCCGGCGGCCCACUCAUGUGUGAGGAGGAGGAGGGGGAGGGACGCUGGACCCUGGCCGGUGUCACGUCCUUCGGGAUGGGUUGCGGUCGGCCCGGGCGGCCCGGCGUCUACGCCAGAGUCUCGGCCUUUGUGGCCUGGAUCGCCCAAACGCGGCGCUCCUCGUCGUUGCCGUGAUCAUCCAGCUCCUCUUCCUCCUUUUCUUCUU